AUGGCGGAGAAAUAUCUAAGCCAGAUCUAUUACGAUCCAGAAAGCCCCGCAAGUUUUGGUGGCAUAGAUUCCAUGUAUCGCGCCAUGAAAAACGAAGGGAAAUAUGAGAUAUCGCGGAAUAAAAUACGCCAGUGGUUACAAAAGCAAGAUACCUAUACAUUGCAUAAAUCUGUGAGAUAUCACUUCAGGCGUAACUGUGUUAUAGUUGGAGCCAUGGCACCGACCUUUACUAAUUUUAUUGAUGAAUGUGGCGAAAAGGCUCCUGAUGAAUAUAGAACUCUUGUAAAUUAUGUGUCUCAUAACGUUUACGAAUAUAUUGAAGACUGCAAGGACUAUAAAUCGGCCAUUCCCGUACUAGAACAACUAUUUGUCAAGACACCAAAUGAAAUAUUUGCUAGACAUUUGCUGGCAACAAGAUGGCAGAAAUCCGGCGAGACUCUUACUGAAUUUCUCCAAGAACUUCGAAAACUUAGCAAAGAUUGUAACCUUAAGAACGUAACUGCUGAACAGUAUUGUGAGGAAUUGGUUCGUGAUUCCUUUAUUAAUGGCCUCUUAUCACCUUUGAUUUGCCAAUGGCUCCUAGAAAAUAAACAGCUCGACCUUCAAACUGCUUUUGACCAAGCAAAUGCCUUGGACUUGGCUCAAAAGAAUUCUGAAGCAUAUAGGAUGCCUGAAAUACCUACAACUGCAGCAGUCUCCUCCCCUCCGACAGAUGAGGUUGCUGGAGCUCAUGCCUUAGAUUAUGAUUCUCUAGCAGCUACAUUCACAUCGAAGAAAUGCUACUUUUGUGGUGAUAAUCUCCACAACAGAAGAAGUUGUCCAGCCCGGAAUUCUAAUUGUAACAACUGUGCAAAGAAAGGACAUUAUGCUAAAGUUUGCAAGUCAAAGGCGCCUUCAAUCACCACUGCUUCUAUGUUCACGUCUACUCUUUGUUCAAUUGUUGCAAGUUGUCCAGAAAGUCUAAAACAAGCAUCUGUAAAAGUCUCUAUUGGCGGUAUUGAACUGACCGCACUCAUUGACUCUGGGAGUUCGGAAAGUUUUAUAAGUGAAACUAUGGCAAGGAAACUGUCUCUCAAGCUUCAUCCAUCAACACAGAAGAUAUCUAUGACCCUAACAUCUUUUAAGACUCAGAUCCUUGGUCACUGUUUUACGGAUAUUGUAAUUAAUCAACUUUCCUACUCAUCCAUUCGUUUGGGAGUCUUGAAAGAUCUCUGUAGUGACAUUCUCCUUGGGGACUUCCAGAAGAAGCACAAGCGGGUCACCAUAGAGUUUGGCGGUACUAGACCAGAACUAGUAAUUCCUAGGCCUGCCUGUCCUCUUUCUUCGACAGCCUCCUUCGAGGAGCCUUCAUUGUUUGGAAACCUCCCUGAAUGUAAGCCUAUCGCCAGUAGAUCUAGGCGCUUUAGCAAAGAAGACCAGGAGUUUAUCAAUCAGGAAGUUACAAAACUCCUGUCUGAAGGAAUUAUUGAGCCUACCAUAACACCAUGGAGAGCACAAAUUGUUGUUUCUAAAGAUCCCUCAAACCGGCACAAGAAGAGGCUCUGUAUUGAUUACUCUCAAACCAUCAAUCAAUAUACAGAGCUUGAUGCGUAUCCUCUUCCUCGGAUCGAUGACAUGAUCAACAACCUAGCACAAUACAAAGUUUUCUCAACGUUUGAUUUAAAGAGUGCUUACCAUCAAGUACCGAUAAAGGAGUCCGAUCGAAAGUUUACUGGGUUCGAAGCUAAUGGAAGACUGUAUCAAUUUUGCUGUAUACCGUUUGGCGUCACUAAUGGAGUGGCUGCUUUCCAGAGAGCAAUGGACAAUUUUGUUGACGAGGAGAACCUCAAUGACACAUUUCCAUAUCUGGACAACAUAACGGUGGCUGGGCGAGAUCAAAAGGAACAUGACGUAAAUGUUCAGGCAUUUCAUGAAGCAGUCCAACGCAGGAACCUUACCUUGAACGAAAGCAAAUCAAUCGAAUCUAAGACAUCCAUCAAUGUAUUAGGUUAUCGGGUUGGCAAUGGGGUGAUCGCUUCUGACGAGGAAAGACUCCGCCCACUUCAAGAUUUUCCGCCGCCAGACAGUAUCCGCUCCCUUCGCAGGGUGAUUGGCAUGUUUGCUUACUAUGCGAAGUGGAUACCGAAUUUCUCUGAUAAGGUAAGACCCUUGACGCAAGCUACUACCUUCCCACUAGAUAAGGCAGCAUUAUCGGCAUUUAAUAUGCUUAAGAAGGAACUUGAAGGUGCAACCCUUCAUUCCAUAGAUGAAACUCUUCCCUUUGUGGUUGAGAGUGAUGCGUCAGAUGUCGCUUUGUCUGCUACACUUAACCAAGGUGGUCGUCCUGUUGCCUUCAUGUCCAGAACUCUCCAACGUAGUGAACUACAUUACCCCGCUGUUGAGAAAGAAGCUAUGGCUAUCAUAGAAGCAGUCCGUAAGUGGCGACAUUUUCUUGCUGGUCGUCACUUCACACUUAAAACUGACCAACGUUCCGUCGCAUUUAUGUUUGAUAGCAGGAAGCGCACAAAGAUAAAGAACAACAAAAUGCAAGACUGGCGACUUGAAUUAGCUUCUUUUAGCUACACUGUGGAGCACAGACCUGGUAAGGACAAUGUAGCCCCAGAUUCAUUUACCUGA